CUGCUGAAGCAGCUUUGGCGAGGACCACCGGGUGGUCUUGGGACAAGGACCCAAGUUGUAAAAGAGAAAGAGACACAGCCAGCUGGAUUGAAACGGUUUGAAGCCCCUCCAUCCACAGUCAUAUUUUACUGAAGCCAAGGGAAACAGUUGGAUAGAGAUGGAUUUGCUGUGUGCAUGCUGCUUCCUUCAGGGCUCAGCAGGCUGCUGUGAAGUUACAUCACCUUUUCCAUUUUUCUGAGAUGGCUCAAGAUUCAAGAGACCUUUCUUCAAAUUAUCAGUUUUGGAUGCAGAAGCUUUCUGGAUGGGACCAGGCUUCCACUUUGGAAUCUCAGCAAGAUACCUGUCUUCACCUACCUAAGUUCCAGGAGUUCUUGAGGCAGAUGUAUGAAACAUUGAAAGAGAUGGAUUCUAGAACAAUCAUUGAAAGAUUCCCCACAAUUGGUCAACUGUUGGCAAAGACUUGCUGGAAUCCUUUUAUCUUAGCAUAUGAUGAAAGCCAAAAAAUUGUCGUAUGGUGCUUAUGUUGUCUAAUUAACAAAGAACCACGGAAUUCUGGGGAAUUGAAACUUAACUCCUGGAUACAGAGCUUGUUAUCACAUAUACUUUCAGCAUUCAAAUUUGAUAUAAAAGAAGUUGAUCUUUUUAGUCAAGGUCUUGGAUACGUACCUGCAGAUUACUAUCCUGGUUUGCUUAAAAAUAUGGUUUUAUCAUUAGUGUCUGAACUCCGAGAGAAUCAUCUUAAUGGAUUUAACACUCAAAGGCGAAUGGCUCCUGAACGAGUAACAUCCUUGUCACGGGUUUGUGUCCCACUUGUUACUCUGCCAGACUUUGAACCCCUGGUGGAGGCUCUGCUCACCUACCAUGGACACGAGCCUCAGGAAAUCCUCUGGCCUGAGUUCUUUGAAGCUGUUAAUGAGGCCUUUUUGCUGAAGAAGAUUUCUCUCCCUGCAUCAGCUGUCAUCUGCCUCUGGCUUCGGCACCUUCCCAGCCUUGAAAAAGCAAUGCUGCAUCUUUUUGAAAAACUCGUCUCCAGUGAGAGAAAUUUUCUGAGGAAGAUCGAAUGCUUUAUAAAAGAUUCAUUGCUGUCUCAAGCAGCCUGCCAUCCUGCCAUAUUCAGAAUUGUUGAUGAAAUGUUCAGGUAUGCACUCUUGGAAACUGAUGGAGCCCCAGAAGUACUGGCCACUGUUCAAGUGUUUACACGAUGCUUUAUAGAAGCUCUGGAAAAAGAAAACAAGCAGCUGAAAUUUGCACUCAAGACCUACUUUCCUUAUGCUUCUCCAUCUCUUGUCAUGGUGCUACUCCAACACCCUAAAGAUAUCCCACAGGGACUCUGGUGCCAGUCACUGGAGCAUAUUUCUGAAAUGCUCAGAGAAAUCGUUGAAGACCAAACUCAUGGGUCCUAUGGAGACCCCUUUGAGAGCUGGUUUUUGUUUCUUCACUUUGGAGGAUGGGCGGAUGUAGCGGCUGAGCAGUUGCUGAUGUCAGAUGCUGAGCCCGCGGAGGCCCUGCUGUGGCUCUUUGCAUUCUACUCGAGCCCACACGACGGGAGUCAGCAGCGAGCACAGACCAUGGUGGAGGUGAAGGCACUGCUUUGCCGGCUCAGGAAGCUGUUCCGAAGUCCAGCCUUCUCAGGCAGGGACCUGCAGGUGGCAGCUCAUGAGGGCAGUGAAGCAUACCCCAUGCCACCCGUGUGUCCACAGCUGGUCAGGCGCAUACUCCUGCUCUUCUUGCUCUGGGCUCCUGGAGGCCAGAGGGUGGCCCGGGAAGCCAUCACCCUGAUGGCUCAGACUGCUGAGAUAACCCACGAGAUUAUUGGCUUUCUUGACCAGACCUUAUAUAGAUGGGACCAUCUUUGCAUGGAAGCUUCUAGAUCAAGAGAACUGGCCAGGGAGCUCCUUAAAGAGCUGAGGGAUCAAGUCUAACACAGGCUUGGUGAACGUGUGGCUGUGGUGCUGCUGGGCCAGUCUCCCGCAGACAUGGCCAGAUGGAUGGAGCCUGCUCCUUACAUCACGCAGGUGUGGAUAAGAACCCUCUCGGAACUGUGAGAACAAGCCAUAAGCAUCUUGGAAAGAUCUGGUAUACACAGUUUACAAAGAGAGAAGACGGGGGUGCUUUAUACAAACUAAGUUAUGACUUUGGCAUUCCCUGUACCUGCUCAGGCCAGGACAUCAAUUAGAGAAUCAGCAAAUGAAAAGCUCAGAUGGGAGAAGAGAUUUCUUUUUCUUUUUCCCAUGUCAAGCCAAGAUGCACAACUAUUAUUUGAAUGUUUCAGUCUUUGGAGCAAGAAAUUGGUCAUGAACCACAGAUCAAUUUAGAGAGUAACUUAGCACCUUUCCUCAAAUUUAUCUGUUUAGAAGUCAGAUCACUGUUAGGAUGACUUUUAAUCCAUGGGGAUCUAAGGCAGUCUUUCUAUAAGAUAAAACCUGACUCUGGCUUCUCUAAGAUGGUCUUCAUCCAGGAGAGUCAGGAUCCCUCAGGUUUCCCUUGAACUUCCCCCAACUUGCCGACCUGGCCGAGGAGCAGCAGAGCACACCCCAGCCCAGUGGUGCUGAUGGGGGGGCUGCUGCAGGAGGCACCACAGUUUAGCAAUGACAUGGAGCCAGACCAGUGCUGACUCUUUCUGCUUUAUAAUUGCUAAGGAACAACUGCUAUCAGAAGGGCCCUUACUACAUCAAAGAUGGGAGACAGAUGAGGGCACAGGGUAUGUUUUAGAAAUACUAGAAAAGAUAUUAGUCAUUUUGCUAAACUGGAAUAGAAAUCAUAACUUCCUAAUAAAGAGUAAGUAGCUUCAAGGUUAAUAUUUAUUUCAUGUCACUUGAGGAUUUUUUUUUCUGUUCAGAUUUAUUCCGAACUUUUAUUGACUGUACAUUCCUUUGUGUAUACUGUGUUGAGUGAGCCAAGACUUUCUUUUACGUUCACUGUGAUUUAUGUAUUAUUAGUCUCUGAAUCUCAGUGUCAUGACUCCUGUUUGAAGUUAUGAGUAGAGUUUUGUUGGACUGGAGGUUGAACUUUGGGGUGAAUUACUAGUUUUGGUAUAUGGCAGUGUUAGUGGAUCUACCCAAAGAUCUGGGAAAUCCCAAGAACCUUUGACCUGGGCCUUCUGAGAAAUGUUACAGUGUGUGAAAGGUAUUAUUUUCAUAUAAAUAUGCUUCAUCUAAAUGUAUAGGAGUUGGAAAAGGAGUUGUAUGCUAAACUUGGAGUUGAUAUCUCUCCUGUGUUGGCUUUGAACCAGAGCUGUGACCAACCUCUGUGGAUAUCAAGAAAGGGCCUCAAUUUGGUUGUAGCCCCUAAAGAGGGGAGCCACUAGGAAUCAGACCAGCCUGUGGUCUGAUUCCCAUGAAAAUCCAUUCAUGCUUUAAUGUGAUUGUGUCUACUGGAGUCCUCUCACUCUGCCCAUCUCUUCUGCUCAGUGUAUUUUACAGUAAAAAAUAAAAAGCAGAUCACUAA